AUGUCUUCGAUGAGACUCGAAUUGAACAAUGGCCAGCAGUCACAGUCGUCUCCAGUCUCGCCUCCGGCCCAGCCGUCGUUUGGUCGUAGAGUCAAUCGCUCGUGUAUCGAGUGCACGAGGCGCAAAAUUAAAUGCGAUGGCCGCUUCCCUUGCAGCAACUGCGUGUACUACAGAGCUGCCGAGGCAUGCGAGUACCGUCAGAGAUCUAGAAGAAACGCAGUGAGCAGGAGUGCCUACGACGAUGUCCUACUCAGGCUUAAGAGACAUGAAGAUAUUAUCCAAAGACUAUUCCCUGGUUACGAACUGGCACAGCUUGAAGCCAAAACUCCUCCGGAGCUCUUGAAUGAGCUUGGCAUGCGCAAAUUGGCAAUUCAAAGCCAGUCAUCUCAGAGCCAGCCACCACAGAGCCAGCCAUCGCACCACGUGCCACUUUCUCACAAGGACAGUUCGAGCCACGGCGAGGAUGACUCCGCGCCGCCCUCCGAGAAUGGUGAUGCUGCGCCUGAACCCCAAUGGGACGAAUCACUCGACCAGCGUGAAACUGUGGCCACCGACGACAUCAACGCCAUUGGGCUCGCCACGGACAAGCAGACGAGAUCGUACCUCGGCAUAUCGUCCAUGAGCGCAGUUUUUCGCGCCAUAUUCAGGCUUUAUCCACCAACCAAAGAUCAUACAGCCGCUCGCGCAAGAGCUUGCGCCGCGGCGCCGCCGCCAAAUCAGCUCGGCGUCCCGUUUCUCACACGAGAUCCUGCCCUCAGUCUCCUGCGCGAACAGCGCUGUAUCGAUUUCUACUUUGACCAUUUUCACGCAGUCACGCCACUCAUAGACGAAGAAGAUUUCCGCAGGCAGUACGCCACGGGCGGGAGACGGGAUGGCUCCUGGCUCGGCCUGCUGAAUAUGGUCUUUGCCCUAGGAAGCAUCGCCUCCGGCAGCGAGAGCCUCCACGAGGAUUACUACAAGGCCGCGCGGGCCUCUUUUAGCCUUGACAGCCUGGGCUCCGGCAACCUUUACAGCUUACAAGCCCUAUGCCUGCUCGGCGGCUUCUACCUCCACUACCGCAACUCGCCGAACAUGGCCUACGGUAUCCUCGGCGCCGCACACCGCGUCGCCCUUGCGCUUGGUCUGCACCGCGAGCCGCGGCGUACCACACACACAUCCGACCCCGACGAGGCAAGACGCGUCGAGACGCGGCGUCGGACAUGGUGGAGUCUGUUUUGCGUCGACUGCUGGGCGUGUGUUACGCAGGGUCGACCGACCUGUGGCCGGUGGGAGCCCGCAACCAUGGACACGGCGCUGCCGGCCGCCCUGCACGACGACGACGACGCGGCGCUGUGCCUACGCGCGAGCGUCCAGCUGUGCCUCGUCUGCGACCGCAUUCAGGAGCGCCUCGCGCGUCUCGCGCGCAUCACCCAGGACGAGAUCCUCGCGCUUGACCAGGACUUGCAGGCGUGGCACGCCAACCUGCCGCCGGUCCUCCAGCAAGUGGACACGGCGUCGACGCACCCGCGGGUGCAGGUGGCGCGCGAGUUUAUCCGCACGCGCUACUUCAACGCGCGCGUCAUCCUCGCACGAUGCGCGGUGCUACUUAUGGCGCAAAAUUGGCGCCGGCGCAUCGUCGAGGACCUGCUGCAGGACCAGCGCCGCACGCUCGCCCGCUGCUGCGCCGUUGCCGCCGACGCAAUCAACGCCAUCGCCCUCUACUGGACCCCGAACCGCUUCCUCGUCUGGGGCUCCGGCUGGUACCUCUUCCAGGCCUGCACCGUCCCGCUGCUCGCCAUGGCCAUGGAGCGCAAUCUCGGCCGCGCGGCCGCCGCCACCAGCACGGGGGAUGGCCCGACACUCACGUCCCGCCAAUUCCUCGCCUGGCAGGAGAGCCUCGCCAGGGCACUCGGCGCGUUCUCGGAGAUGCGUGCGUGGAUGCGCGCCUCGGAUCGCUCCCCGGACAUUGUCGCGGCCAUGUUUGAGGCCCUCACCGCGGACACGGACGCCGUUGUGCGCACCCCGUCGGCGAGCGAUGGCGGUCUUGACCUCUUUGGCUGGUGCGACGAGCAGCUGACUGAGAUGGACUGGAGCAUGUUCCUUGGCGAGGAUAGCGUGCCGCCGGAUAUGAUGCCGCUGGCAUGA